GUACGAAAAAGGGAUCGACCGAGAUUGGUCAAUCAUAGUCAAAUUUCGGUGCGUUUCGGAAGAACGUUGGUACUGUAUAAUUUACUGUGAGGAACGGCUUGUGCGCCCCGAAGCCAAGUGCAGAAAUCGAAAAUCACUGUGAAGAAAGUUCAAUUACACCUGGAAAGUGAAAAUUAUACGUUCUUACGGUACUGCCAAGUGUGGAGCCCCAGUGCUGUUGGCCAAAGGCUAAUGACUUUCCUCUGAUCCAGUCCGGUCCGGGGAAAAAGAGGAAAUUUCUCGUUGCAUUUGUUUUGUGUGAACCCGCGAGGGAGAAAGAUAGGGAGGGAAACUGAAGAAGGGAAGAACGGUCCCCGAUCUUUCUUUUCACCAGCAUCCCAGGUGCUGCAAAACAACAACGUCAGCAGAAGUGUAAGCGUACGGAGCGAGCUCCAAGCCGGACUAACGAGGAGACUGGAGAAGCACAGGCGCGAGCGCAUUCCAAGGCGCACAUCUACACAACACAUCAGAGAGAAGUGGACGUGAAGUGGAGGGAAAAAUAACGCGAUGAAGCACAAAUCCAUCCUGCUGCUAUGCCUGCUGGUGGGUCCCGUACUGGCCAGGCCAAACUCGGAACCAAUCUUCUACCGUUCCAAUAGCAAUCCGCUAGAGGUGACGGAGGAACUGAUUCCAACGACGAACGCUCUACCAUUGGUCGCGUCCGGUGACAGCGCGGAUCAUCAGACAUCGACCGGUGCAAGUAGUGACAACGACGCUAACCCAGCGGCGCCAACGGUGGCACCUGGAACUACUACUACCACAACCACGACAACUCCAGCCCCAUCGACGCUGGCUCAGGAUCACAUUAGCAGCCCUUUGUUCAGACGGCCGGAGAGUCCCCUGAAGACGAAGAUUGGAACUUCGGGUUACGUGGUAUCGACCAGUACUAAGAUUCUGACCAGCGCUGGUUUGCACCAUACGACGAAGGGAGCCGCUGGUGAGGCCAAAGCCAAUGACCAGAUUAUCACGUACGAUAACUUUGCCAACCAUGCCGGUGUUGCCGAACCACUACCUGAGGAAGAAUAUCACAAGGAGCUCACCAAGGCAGCCGAUAGAGUUCGCAUUAGGUUACAACCGUCGACGACAACUCCUAGGGAAGGUUUGUCCACGUGGGUCCUCCUCAGUGAAAGUAUUUCACCGACGUCUACCGAAUCGAAGAAGGAGAUUGUCAACACAACCAAACGACCAUUCACUACUACGACUAGACGUCCGGCGACUACCAGCGCUCGGAAAUCCAUGACUACAGCUCGACGACGAACGACUACCAAUACCCGUGCUUCAACCGUAACGGAAGAGAAGAAGGAGAAGAUAAACAAAUUCAUGACCAGAAUUAAGGUUGCAGAUGGACCAAAACCAAAACUAGAAGACAGUUCUGUCACGAUCACCAAGAAACCGAGGAAACCUCUCUCUCCGACAACUAGCAAAACAACGACGACUACGGCAGCCCCGACUACGACGACAACUGAGCUGACCAUGACCGAGACCCUGCUAGGUACUACUGCCUCUUAUGACCUGACUUCGGACGAUAAUGACGUUGAGACAGCGACUUUCCUUAUUUUGGAACCAAAGGAUUCCAUGUUCGAUCUACCAGAAGAUCGUUCACCAUCUAAGGUAACUAAGAAGAAGCCUACCCGUAAGCCGACCGCUGCGGCUACGAAGAAGAAGCCCGCUAACAAAAAGAAGAAACCUGAAGAGAAGGAUGCCGGUCUUAAACCGAGCGUGAAGAAACCACCGGUAAAGAGCCAGCCAAUGACUGCUCAGAUCAUGAACUAUCUGUCCCGCGAAGUCAUGCCAACGGUUGGAGUAGGCUUGGUAGGAUUGGUUCUCACAGCAGGCUUGGCAUCCUUCUUUCUUGGCAGUCCAUUGACGGCUGCGCUGAGACGUUCGGAUCAAGCUACUAACCGCAAAGAUGAUAUCUACUACUCGAACUACGAGGACUAUGCCACCUCCGACGGCCAGAAUGAAGAGGAAGUGUUCGGUAAACUGAUCGCCGGAAUGCCGGAUCGUUCGUACUACCGCAACACUCUGCGUCGUCGAGUUAGUCAACCUGCCCGAACCGGUCACCAGUAUGGCAAUUACCACGUUCAGAGCUACUCCGUCAACAAGUAUCCCCAAAUCAGCUAUCGCAAUCGUCCGGCUUAUCCAGGCACUCCGGAAAUGUACGCCAACUACAACCGUCAAGGGCAAGCGAAAUCCCAUAACGAAUUUUACUACAACACCCCACCCAGUUUCUACACCAAACAAAGCUCACCUGUCUACCCGGAAAGUACAACCGCUUCGACCACUACUACUACUCACGUCCCACUGACCAGCUCCGAACCAGUUUCCGAAGAAAUGACCGAAGAUUUGUCCGAACAGGAUCACGAACUACUCCCCAACCCGGCGGCCUACACUGCUGAACACAGUCCGGAACAUCAUGCCCAGUACGUGGUCGGAAGUGUGUACCACCAGGACAACAGCAUGCUCGAUAUCAUCACUUCUGCACCUGUCCCAGAGCACGGACCUCGUCGGCGAAAGCGAGAUGCUGCCGUAGCAAGCGAGGAAAAUGAAAUCGAUAACGAAAUUGACAACGAAAUCUCAGUAAACGAUGAAAAAAAGCCAGACGUCAUUUCCACGACAACCAGCACAAGCUCACCUUUAACAACAACAGAAGCAGUAGGCAUUGACACUUUCGAUCCUACCACCGAGGGCGAGAAGGGAGAAACGGGAUCCACUCCGGCGAAUGAACGUCCAAUCAGCUGGUCCGAGUUGAUCCGUGACACGGUGGAGAUGAAACUGGUCGUUGGCAUCAAUCUGUUGCAGCACGUGACGAGUCAGUUUCAGAGAUAUCUGAACGGUAUGCAGCAUCGCGUCGAGGAACACUUCAACCACACCGUGGUGCAGCAGUGAAGGGCAGUUCGAAUACCGGACCCCCCAUCCAUUUUUAGUUUAUGGCAUUUAAAACUCACCCAAUAAUACUCUUCGUUUGAGAAAGAGUCACAAUUGAAUGCGUGUUUAACUUGCGAGUACGAGUUUGAGGAUUAAAUUCUCGUUGUUCAUCGGUGGGAAAUAGAAUUGAGAAAUGUAUCUUCAUUUAUUUUA